CACUCAAUUGUUAUUAGUGAAUAAAGGUAACCGGUUAGUUGAGUUAACCCAACUUUAAAAGUAACCAAUUGUGGAUUACUGUACUGUUCUGGUUUCAUUGAAUUAAAAUCAUCAAAAUUAUUGAAAACACUGACUUGUGAAAUCUUAACGUUCACUAAUUAUUGCUAGUGUAUUGAAUUGAAAACUUCGGCCAAUACCCAUUACCAAGUGAUUUACAUUCGUCAUCAACAAGUGCAAUAAAGUGAAGAUCUUCUGCAUUCAAGGAUUGUCCUUUCUCUUUCUUUGUUUGUGUUCCAUGUUUUGUAUUGAAUCUUGUUCAUCUGUUUACGUUCGCACGGAUAUUUUUUGAUUUCAUCAUUGUCUCUUUUUGUAAUCAACAAGUGCAAACUUAAUGUGUCUCAAUUAGCUCAAACCAAAGAGUGCAGAAGAAGCUCUCCAUAGAUUUCAAUGGGAAGUGAGGUUGGCGGUCCUACACAUCAGUCACUUUUUUCAAUUUCUUUCGAUUCAAUUUCAAUCUAAUUUUUUAAUCUAAUCUAAUAAAAUAGCACCCUCACCAGCGCCGCUUUGUAAGCUUCCCAAAAUUGUAUUGAGAGAAACCUCUUCUUCUCUAUUCUUUGAUUCAAACCAUAUUUUUGUCAAUUACAAUAUUGUAUAACAAUCUCAUUUUUUACCUUGAUCAAUAUAAGUCUUCAAGUGGAGAUAAAUGUGCUUCAAUUAGUUGAACAGCAAAACCAAAAUGUUACUGUACGCUUUACAAGAACGUCUGGUGAAAACACUCAACAAUUCACUGACCAGAGCUGUUUCAAAUGUGACUUUUUCGAUAAUUGGCCUUUAUGCAGCCUUUAAAUUGGCAAUGUGGCUUCGAGUCAUUAUAUUGACUAUUCAUCGCGAUUUAAGAGGUUUGUAUUAUUUAACCAAAACCAAGGUUACAAUGGCACUUCAUCGACGACGUAACAUGACUGUCGCUAAACUGUUCAAGAAAACGGUUGCUGAACACGGAGAUAAACCAAUAUUCUAUCACCAAGAUGAAGUUUGGAGUUUCAAGCAACUAGAUGCCUUUUCUAAUAAAGUGGCCAACAUAUUCACUGAAUUAGGAUUUAACCAUGGUGAUGAAGUUGUUCUCUUUAUGGAAUCAAAGUGUGAAUACAUUGGCCUUUGGCUUGGUCUAGCAAAAAUGGGUGUCGUUACAGCUUUAAUCAACACUAAUCAACGAAAAGAAUCUCUAAUUCAUUCAAUUCUCACAAUCAACUCAAAAGCUGUCAUCUUUGGUACAGAAUUGACUGAUGCAAUUCUCGAAGUGUAUCCUACCCUCAAAAACCAACGAGAUUUAAAAUUUUUCUCUUAUGGUAACCUAAGUCAACCAAAUUUUCCUCAUCAUGAUCUCAAUGAUCUGCUCAAGGAUGCAUCAACUGCAGAUCCGAUUAAUAUCAAUUCGGGUAAUUACGAAGAUAAAAUUUUAUACAUUUACACUUCUGGUACAACUGGACUUCCCAAGGCUGCUGUUAUUAAAAACUGUCGUUUUAUUUUUGUUACAAUUGGAAUUGGCAAUUCAAUGGGUUUUGGCUCUAAUGAGAUUAUUUAUACUUGUAUCCCGUUGUACCAUUUAUCUGGCGGUAUUAUUGGAUCAGGCCAAUGUCUGUUAAAGGGCAACUCUAUGGCAAUUAGGCAUAAAUUUUCGGCAAAAAACUUUUGGACCGAUUGUAUCAAAUAUCAAUGUACUUCGGCUCAAUAUAUUGGUGAAAUUUGUCGUUACUUACUUUGCCAGCCAGAGUCACCUGCUGAUAGAGCUCAUAGCGUCAGAUCAAUGUUUGGUAAUGGAUUAAGGAUAAACAUUUGGAAAGAUUUUGUUAAAAGAUUCAAUAUUGAAAGAGUUCUCGAGUUUUAUGGAGCAACAGAAGGAAAUGCUCAUGUUGUUAAUGUUGAUCAUAAAGCUGGUGCUUGUGGUUUUAUAUCACAAAUAUUACCCGGUGCAUUGACUGAUCUUUUUUAUCCUGUUUCAAUAAUCAAAGUGGAUGAAAUUACAGGAGAACCAAUUCGCUCUUCUAAUGGAUUGUGUAUCAGAUGUCGUGCUGGUGAUUCUGGUGAAUUUGUGGGUAAAAUAGUAACCAAUGAUCCUUCUCGUGCCUUUGAUGGAUACGCAAAUCAAGAAGCUUCCGAUAAAAAAAUCAUUCGCAAUGUAUUUCGUCGUGGAGAUGCUUAUUUUGCUUCUGGUGAUCUAGUAACACUAGACGAGUUAGGUUAUGUUUUUUUCAAAGAUCGAACCGGAGAUACAUUUCGUUGGAAGGGUGAAAAUGUUUCCACCACAGAAGUGGAAGCUGUUAUUGGUAAUCACUUGGAACAUGUUGAUUGUGUGGUUUAUGGAGUUGAAAUACCUGGUUGUGAGGGUAGAGCUGGUAUGGCUGCUAUUUUGGAUCCAGAGGAUAAGGUUGACUUGAAAGAUUUAUUAGCCGAGAUGAAAAAAGUGUUACCUAAUUAUUCGAUACCAGUAUUUGUUCGUAAAUGCCAACGGUUUACUCAAACUGGAACUUUCAAGCUUCCUAAAGUUACCCUGAGAAAUCAAGCUUACAAUCCAGUCACCAUUACUGAUCCAUUGUAUUAUUUUGAUGUUAAGAGCUGUCAAUAUUUAUCGCUGGAUGAAAAAAUUUACCAACAGAUAAUGUCAGGGUUGCUUCGAUUUUGAGCUUAAAAUUUAUUUUUAAUCCUAAUUCAUCGUCUUUCAUUAAUUAAAUUUGUCUGUGAUGUAAGACAAAAUUUAUGCAAAUUAGUGUCACUUUGUCACACAUAAAAAAACAAUACAAAAUCAUAAGCUAGAUCAUGUUAUAGCUAAAUUGGACAGAAAAUGUGAUCAAAAAUUUUAUAUUUUGAUAUCGAUUAUGAUAAAUAUCAAUCAAGAUUGUUAAUUUUUAUAAUAUUGCGAUUCCAUGACUUAAAGUUUUUCAUGUUUUUUUUGUUUAAAAA